AGUGAUGUGCACGUUUUUCGCGUUAACGGAAUAAACGUUAUAAUAUUUCGUCAUCACUGGAUCGUAUGAUUGUUAUAAUACACAGAUACACUACCGCUGCGUAUGGGACAUCGUAAACUCGACACAAACAGCCUCACGAUUCCUUACGGCGUGUUGAACCAAAAAAAUACCAACCAAAAAUGAUUCUAGUGAAACUGAUCGAAGACGGACUUGGGUCGCCGCCCGAAUGGGCCGCCCUGGAAGUACAAGGUGAUCUCGAAACCCGCAGGCACACGCCACUCGAACGUCAAUAUGUCGGCGACUUGUUUGCGACUAUUCGGGACGGCGUGCCCAUAUUGAUCAUCGGCCAUCACAUCCUGUACGGUAAAGCGCAAACGUUCGACAAACCUCUCGCCGUGAUGAAGAAGAAACCGGACGCGGACGAGUACGUGGUCGAGGCCAUAGUCACCAAAAAGUUGCUAUUCAAGAACCGACCUAAGCCCAUUAUCGCCUGUCAUUCCAACGACCUUUGAAUGCCUAACCGUUUUUUACCACUUAAAGUUAAUACGAUUUCGUCAUCUAUACAAUGAUGAUUCAUAAUUACAAUAUGUAGUUGCCCUCGAUCAGACAUGAUCGAAUUGUUCGACGAUGUAUUUUAUUAUUUUAAGUCGUUCUGCCAAAACAAAAUAUAUUGUAAUAAAAUUAACAUUAUUUUUCUGAAA